UCUCCCGUACCAACAAAUACUACAGUUGUCAUACAUGCCAUGAUUGAGAUUCCUCAAUCAAAUGCUACAAUUAAAGAUGAUAAACCAACUUAUCCAAAAUCACAUUCCUUAUAUUCUAAAUUAAAAAAAAGGAAAGGAAUUUGUAUAAGACAAAAUCAAGAAAGAAAACUUGAAUGUAACAAAAAUAUUCGAGAUCCACCAAUUUAUAGUCAAAUCACAAGAAAACCAACGACAAAGGAUAAUAUUGACAAUAUUGAUAACACUGAUAUCGGUGACAUUGAUAAUAUUGAUGAUGGAAAAAAUGAUACAGGAAUUAAUAAGAAAAAUUCAUCAAUUAUAAUUGAUUUGGUCGCGACAAUUAACACGACCAUACCAUCUUCAGAAAAAACUGAUCCUUCAAAACAAAAAUCUAAAGGACUUUGCGGACCUGGACCUGGACUUUGGAUGUAA